GUGUGUGGAGUCAGCCAGGGUCUUGAGUAACAUCCUGGGAUUUUUAUCACGAUUUGGCCGUAGCCCCACUUGUACUUUAAUCUCUGACAGGUCCAAGGUCUGAGCGCUUAGUCAUUUUUAGCAGUGCGGCGGCGCUACACGCACAACUUUGCAAAGUGUGCGUGAAUCAUCAGGAGUGAAGCAACCGCCGUGGUGCAAGUCGCUGGGCACCGCUGAGGCUUUAGAAGUUUCCUAACUUGUUGAAAAGAAGUCGGUGUAGCAUGUCAGCCACACGGUUGCUGUCACCCAGAAACGCCCGGUUUUUAAGCCGGGGGCAAAGCGAGUUGCUAGGCGGUAGCAGUGGAGCGCAGCGGCACAGUGGUGGUCCCAGGGUCCGCUCACUCACCUCUCCCACUCUGUCGUCCUCUUCUCCCGGCAGAGCUUUAUCGAGUCUGAGUGCGACGCGACGUGGGCUCCCCAAAGAGAAAAUGUCCGAGAAUGGAGUGUCCCGGGCCAAGGUGCUGACCAUCGACACCAUGAACCCCACAGUGAAGAAGGUGGAGUACGCCGUGCGGGGGCCCAUCGUGCAGCGCGCUGUGGAGCUGGAGAGGGAGCUCUCUGAGGGAAUGAAGAAGCCCUUCGUUGAGGUCAUCAAGGCCAACAUCGGUGACGCACAUGCUAUGGGCCAGCAGCCAAUCACUUUCUUCCGACAGGUCUUGGCGCUGUGCUCCUACCCUGAACUGCUGAAUGACAGCACAUUCCCAGAGGAUGCUAAAAGUAGAGCAAGACGCAUUCUGCAGUCCUGUGGCGGGAACAGUAUGGGUUCCUACAGUGCCAGUCAGGGCAUAGACUCUGUGCGCCAGGAUGUGGCCCGCUACAUUGAGCGAAGAGAUGGCGGCGUGCCCUGCGACCCAGACGACAUUUACCUCACUACAGGGGCCAGCGACGGGAUUGUGACCAUGCUGAAGCUGCUUGUGUGUGGCGAGGGUAUGGCCCGUGCAGGCGUCAUGAUCUCCAUACCUCAGUAUCCCCUCUACUCUGCUGCGCUGGCCGAACUGGGCGCAGAGCAGAUCAACUAUUACCUUAAUGAGGACAAGUGCUGGAGUAUGGACAUCAGCGAGCUGCAGCGCUCUCUGGACGAGGCCCGGCGCUACUGCAACCCCCGAGCCCUGUGCAUCAUCAACCCCGGAAACCCCACGGGUCAGGUUCAGAGCAGAGAGUGCAUUGAAGACGUAAUCCGAUUUGCAGCAAAGGAAGGUCUCUUCCUCUUGGCUGAUGAGGUGUACCAGGAUAAUGUGUACGCUGAUGGGUGCCACUUCCACUCUUUUAAGAAGGUUCUGUUUGAAAUGGGGCCAGAGUACUCAAAUACAGUGGAGCUGGUGUCUUUCCACUCAACGUCAAAAUGUUAUAUGGGAGAGUGCGGCUUCCGUGGAGGCUACAUGGAGAUCAUCAAUAUGGACGAUGAGGUGAAGGCCCAGCUGACAAAGCUGGUGUCCGUGCGUCUGUGUCCUCCUGUUCCUGGACAGGCUCUGAUGGACCUGGUGGUCAACCCGCCACAGCCAGGGGAACCCUCAUAUGACAACUUUAUUAAGGAGCGCAACGCCACAUUAAGUGCCUUAGCAGAGAAGGCCAAGCUUACAGAGCAGGUCCUCAAUACUGUUCAAGGCAUCAGCUGCAAUCCUGUGCAGGGAGCGAUGUACUCCUUCCCUCGCAUAACCAUCCCUGAAAAAGCUGUCAAAGAGGCCAUGGAAAAUGGUCAGCAGCCGGAUAUGUUUUACUGCAUGAAGAUGCUGGAGGAGACGGGGAUCUGCCUCGUACCUGGAAGCGGCUUCGGUCAGAAGGAUGGAACCUACCACUUCAGAAUGACCAUCUUGCCACCGUCAGACAAGCUGACGAUCCUGCUCAACAACGUCAAAGAGUUCCACCAGAAAUUCACACAGCAGUAUUCUUAAAUUGCCAUAUCUUCUCCUCUGUGUACAAACGGAGGAACCCAACCACCAUAAGAAAAAGAACUCAGCCAAUCACAACUUUUCUGUCACUACUAAGUGCCUUUUCUACGGCUCUGGUGGUCUCUGUGAUGACACACUGCGGCCUCUACAACUAUCUUAUUUGGACAUUCACAGACGGCGUACGAGGCACUGUUUUGUGUUAGAAGACAAAACAAAAACCCGGAAAUGAAGAAAUUAAUUCAGAGACGUGUGUCAAGCUUGAUAUGAAAAAAUAUGGUUUCACCUUUGAAGGAUAUAUGUACUUGUAGGUCUGUGUGUUUGUGAAUAUAAGAGAUAGAUUGUCUAUGUGGAUACCAGGCUAUAAUAAAAAGGUACAAUUCAAGGAAAAAUUGAUGCUGGGUAAAACCUUGAGAACAUGUACAACUGGUUAAAAUAUUACAUUCCUGCAGGCAGAACUUGACAGGGAGAAUAUGCAGAAAAGUACUCAUUUGCAUGAUGAUUCAGAUGAUUUUGUAGAAUCAAAAUAAAUGUAACAGUCGA